AACAACAGUCUGCGUGACUCCCCAACCGAAUUGCACUUCUGUCCCGCCGCUGGGCUGCUGUUUCAUAAUUUUCUUUAAAGAGCAUAGAAAUAAAAAUCCCGUUGUAAAACGAAAGUUCAUUUCUGGCGUUUUCUCCCUGUCGGUAUGGCAUCAUAACUUUCUGUGUAAAAGAAGAAGGGAGGAGCGGAACUUUCAGGAGACCUUCUUUGGCACCGGAGUAGACGCGAGGGCAGCACGCUGGUUUUUACUCCGCGAGGACACAUCAACCACCGUUUAUUUCCCGUCACCCAGCUUUGGGGUUGUGGAUGGUAUGGUAUAACUUUUCUGCUCCUGUCAAACCUGCGCAGCCCGUGCGCGAGAAAAGAGUCGCUUUGGGAUUGUGGAGAGGGGAUGCGAGCCUCUCCUCCGUCUCGAAUAUCGGCGUGGCUAUGAGGAAAGAGGUUUACCUGCUGGGCUAACAGAACAAGACCACACCGCAACAACAGAAUGCGGGAACGGGGUCCUUGCAUUUGUGGAGUAGGUGUGUGGAGUCUACUGUUAUCUCUUUGUCUCGCAUCCCUCACACAUGCACACAGGAGCCAUACAGUGCAUGUAAAGGCAGGAACAUGUGAAGUGAUCGCUGCCCAUCGCUGCUGCAACAAGAACAAGAUUGAGGAGCGAUCUCAGACUGUCAAAUGUUCCUGCUUCCCUGGUCAGGUUGCAGGAACCACGCGGGCAAUGCCCUCCUGUGUUGAUGCCUCCAUUGUAGCCCAGAAGUGGUGGUGUCAGAUGCAGCCAUGUAUGGAAGGCGAGGAGUGCAAGGUUCUGCCAGACCUCACGGGAUGGAGCUGCAGCACAGGCAACAAAGUCAAGACCACAAAGGUGACCCGAUAGUCCCGCCCAUCUCAAGACAAGUAGUAGAGAGCUGUGGGGAAAAUAUUUACGCAGCACAAUGGACCUAUCCACUUGUGAGAACAUGCACUCAGAUGGAUCUCUUCAAGGAACCAAUAUUUGUUUGAUUUUUCCAAGGAUAACCAAGAACUGAUGGCUGAGGAGACAGGACUCCAACACUGCUUGCCAUCACCUUAAACUGACUUUUUUGGGUCUUUUGUUGCGGAGGACUACAUCACCCACAAUCCUUUAAAGCUACUACAAACAUGAAAGCAAACUAUGACC